GGUAGUGUCGCUCUUUCUGCCCAAACCGAAUCACUCAAAAAAAAAAAUCCAAAUCCCCUCUCGAAUCGCUUCCCCAGACUACAAGCACGAUCACUCUUCCCCGCCGCACGCAAUCCCACCAUCAACAAUCGAGAACGCAGUUCCCACAAACAAGGAACAAUACAAACGCAGCUACAAGAUCAAUUUGCACUCACUACAACCCACAAUGGCCCAACCAACGUCCUCAUCGAACCUGAGCCAAGCCGAGCAGCCCACAACCGCCGCCUCAUACCUCGAUCUGGGCAUCACCCUCACAAUCAACAACUGGCCCGCGCUGACCAUGGCCGUACAAUCGAACUGGGGCGGCCCAACGUCAGCCGACAAGCGCGACUGGCUCUGCGGCGCGAUAUCCGACAUGAUCAAUGAGCGGCCCGAGACAGAUGCUCUGGAUCUGGAGGACGUUCUGAUCCAGGUGAUGAACGAUGAGUUUGAUGUUGUGGUAGAAGAUGACAGUGCGGCACCUGUUGCGGCGCAGAUCAUGGCGAUCCGGGAGCAGACGGCAAGGGGGGAGUUUGGCUUUGUGCAGGAGCUGUGGGAGGCGUGGCAGAGGAAGGCUCAGCAGAAGGGGAAUAAUGUGGCGGCGGCGUUUAAGCGGAUUGAGGCGGAGGAUGAUGAGGAUACCGAUGGGGAGGAGGAUGAGGAUGAGGAUGAGGAGGACGAGGAUGUCGAUAUGGGCGAGGCUCCUGCUCUGGUACGAGCGCCUAGGGAGAGGGUUGAGCCUGAAGUUGACGAGGACGGGUUUACUAAGGUUGUUGGGAAGAAGAGGAGGUGAUUCACUUUGCGUUGAUACGCUUGGUCUUUUGUAGUUUUGCAGUAUAAUGUCCCAGGAUAGACAUCGGGCAUGAGUUGACAUUACGACUUACGACAACUACCCAGCAGAUGAGAGAUGGCUGGAGAUAAUAUGAGAUUCCAGUGACUUUUAUCAUCUCCAAUAGUCUCAGAAAGCAGUAAGUUCUAUACGAAAAUGACA